AUGUCUCGCCGGGUAUCAGCUAGAGUGAAGAGAAAAACUACUAUCUUGCAAGAGUCCGAGCAACAGCCAGCUAGUCGCCGUAGACGGGUUGAGGAGAAUGGAGAACAAGCAGAUCAGCUUCCAGGCCCAGCAAGUCUUCCGUAUGCUGGCGUUGACGACUUGAUUGAGAGGGUGACAAAUGCAGUAUUACAAAAAUUACAAAAUACACAAUUCAAUGAUAAUACAGGUACUGGAAAUGUUUCAUUGCCUGGAACAGCCUCAGCUUUACAGGGGUCAGUUGUCGCUGAACCAGUCAUCAAUGAGUUAAGUGGUUCUCAGGUUAAUACUUCUGAAAUUUUAAAUAGCUCAGAUCAGGCUAGCACAGCAGCCGCAACUGUACAGGGGUCGAUUGCGACUGUGUUGGAUAGCUUGUCAGGAGGCACCAGUUUAAUGUCUAAGCCAAAAGAUAUUUUUGUGUCAUCUGACAUCCCCAUUGACAUGUCAGUCUCUGAUAGGCUAAAAAGAAAAAUAUGGGCCCAUGAAUAUGUCGAUUUUGGAUUGCUCUUAAAUAAUAAGAAAGACCAUGACAGUUUCCAUCUAUGCCUUUCAAAUGACAUGGCAUCAUCAAAUGACCAGCCACGCAUCGUAUUGGAGCCAAAGCAAAAGUCAAAACAUAUCAAUUCAAUUGAAAUGUGGGUCACAGCCUACCAAAUCUUUGUGGGUGUCUACACACAGAGAUAUCCUGUUGAAGCCCCCUUUUUAGUGAAGUAUAGUGAAAUUAUUAGGGAUUUGGCAGCAAGAGGAUAUAACUGGCGAUAUUAUGACGAGAACUUUCGAUAUCUCCGACAAAAGGACCCCAAAGCAUAUUCUUGGGGUGCAGUGCAUUGGGAGUUGUGGAUUAGAUCGCAGCCAUCCAGAAAUAAUUAUUCACAGAUAAAGAGAUUUGAGGGUGAAUCAAAGUCAGGCUUUCGAGUUCCCAAAGGUUAUUGCUGGAAGUACCAUAAAGGCUUAAAAUGUGUUGGAUGUAAUUUCAAGCAUUCAUGCCCAUUACGUCAAAAGACUCAUCAAAUGAUUAAUUGCCAUAAUUUUCGUAACUUCACUGGAAAACCUGUUGCUGCCAAUCCUACCGCUCCCAACACCAGUAAAGGUAAACCGACUUGA